AGUUUCGAACGAAUUUCGCAUCGGAGGUGUUUAUUUAAUGCUUUAUUAGGAAAACUUUAGGAUUUAGUCGAAAAUAGAGUGUAAAUAAUGGUUAUAUACGGUGUUUACAUCGUCAGUAAAUCUGGAGGACUAAUAUUUAACUAUGACCACAACAUACCCCGGGUGGAGGCUGAGAAAACAUUCGGAUUUCCUCUCGACAUCAAGCUGCAGUAUGAAAACAAGAAAGUUGUCGUUGUGUUUGGGCAACGAGAUGGGAUAAAUGUGGGCCAUGUACUCCUUUCUGUAAACGGCUCUACAGUAUCUGGUCGCACUACGGAAGACGGCAGAGAUGUGUUUAAUAUCAUUGAAGCAAAGGAGAACUAUCCACUGAGUCUUAAAUUCGGCCGCGCGCGGGCGACGACCAACGAGAAGAUCGUACUGGCGAGCAUGUUCUACCCACUGUUUGCGCUAGCCAGUCAACUGAGCCCCGUGCCCAAGUGCUCAGGCAUCGAGUCACUGACAGCAGACACUUUUAAGCUCUCCUGCUUCCAAACACUAACAGGAGUGAAAUUCAUAAUAGUGACAGAUCCCAAUAUGCAAGGUUCAGAAGUAGUCCUCAGAAGGAUAUACGAGCUUUAUUCAGAUUACGCUCUCAAGAACCCCUUCUACUCGUUGGAGAUGCCCAUCCGGUGUGAACUGUUUGACACCUCACUGCACACUUUGCUCGAGAUUGUGGAAAAGUCAGGCACUGCUAAUUUAUAGUCAAUGAGAUAAUUUAGUUAUAAAGUAUAUUAUAUAAUGUUAAAAGUUCUUUUAUAAUUAUUGUAAUAAAUGCAAUUUAGUUAUUUUUAUGUAAUGUUUCUUUGUAAAAUAUUUUUGUGCUAGUGAUUGCUGAUUACAUUUACUGUGC